AUGGUCAAACUUAUAGACUUGGGAGAUCCCUCCCAUCCACACUUGACCAAGAGCCGUCAAAAUGCAGCGGUUCCCUUUCUCCAGCUACCCAUUGAGAUUCGCCUCAAGAUUUACGAAUACGCCCUGGCGAAGGCAAUUGUUCAUGUGCAACAAGUAAAGGAGCGAUCGAACAAGUUUCGCUGGAGAUCGGAUUACCUUGACGCACUCCAGAAGAACAACGUAGUCAUUACUGAUCUUGAAUUGGUCAGUCGACAAAUCUACAUUGAUCUUCAGGUUCAUGGCAUCUUCUACCGCGUCAACGAACUCUACUGCAGACGCCCGGAAGACCUUUUGACAUUCUUGGCUGCAAUAGCACCAGAGCGACGGGCAUUCCUUUCAAAUAUGACUGUCCGCAUCGACGAGGACGAGCUUGCUGUGUUGUUUCCAGAGACGGAGGAUGCGCCUACACGUCAUCAAGGUGCCUCCUUGCAGCACGCACUCACCUUGCUCAGCCAGUGCCAAGGUCUUCGCCGGCUAAAGAUUGUCAUACCUGUUGACAGACUUGGCUUAUUCACAAUCAUCCCAGUCGUGGCCUCCUUUCUCCGAAGGCUGGUUGCGGCUGCAGCAUCUGACAGUCCUUGUCCGAGCCUAAGAAGGAUCUCCUUCAUAAAGCCAGUCUUGUACUUCUCAGUCAUCGGCUAUCGCGAGGUGAAUCUAUUCGUCGACCUGAGUGACCAGCAGCCGCUACGAGCGGCCGUAGCAGAUGAACCCCAAUUUCAUCCUGCAGAACAGGAGCUGCUGAAUAAUGCCAAGCAGGCGGUCGCUUCCUUGAGGGAGUAUUGGCAGCGUGACGGAAAUAGGUCCAACGAAACGGUUACUCAGGAACAAGUCCGCCAAGCUACCAUCUUUGCCAGGGUUGAUUUCCCUGGCGAAGAACGGACAACGCUCGACCGAAUCAACAGUAGCUGGGGCCAGAUCUCAAGCCGGACAAGACAGAAGUGUAAGAAGGACUUGAUCGACGAGCAUGGAGUCAUCCAAAGAGCCAGAAGAAAAUACGAUGGAGAGGGCAUCUUGACUUGGUCCAAGCUUGACAUUCACGGUAUCAGAUGGAGCGGACCAAACAUUGAAGUGGACGUCGAAAACACAUCUCUUAAAUCAAAAAAUGGUUUGCGGGAGCGUUCCUGGGAACCUGUGGAAGCCGUAAUGUCCACAGAUAACCAGGGGAAGAUCCUUCGCCACCUGAAGAUUCUUUUCGUCAAGAAUGAUCCGGCAAACGACAGCCCCAAGAAUGACCCGUCUGCUACUCUACAAAGACUGCGAGAGCAACCCACACCUCAAGAUGUCAUGGACACAUUUCCUGGUCUGUUUGGGGGUUCUACACCAGAGGGAAAAUGGCGAAAGCAUGCCGUCGGUUCUCGACGUUUUCCAAAGUGGCAGAUUGAACUCUGGGAGCGGGGCCAACAAUUGUUCCUUGAGACUGUGGAUCAUUUGGAAGAGCUUGUCAGGCAGAAAGAAGUUGAGGAAAAGGCAGGAGAGGAGAACGAGAAUGGCGAGGGAAAGGAGGAGAUGCAGACAAUCCAUACCAGCGAGAACCGCACGGCAGAUGAUGGACCAACUGGCAGUGGCUGA